AGAUUUGCUCCGGGUUGUUCUAAUCAGUUUCACGGACGAGAUAAGGAUCUUGUGUCUGUGUAGUUAUUAUCUCUCCACUCAUUCCCGCUGUGUGGUAUACGCGUGUAGUGUUGGCCAUUGUGCGUCCAGCUCGACUCGUCUCUUUCCAUUACGCGCGGGCGAGAUGAGAUAUGAAGGAGUCGGAUUGACGGUCGUUUUCGUCCUAACCUUUUCGGUCGGGCUGCCCGUCUUGUGCGGCACGUGGCCCUAUUCCGCCUACUAUCGAGGGGAGGGAUUAGGUUCAUCAUCAUCAUCAUCAGUGGACGACGAUGAUUCAUCGGCGCUCGCCUAUUUGUCCCAAGUGGAGACGGCCCAGCAGCAGCCAGAAGAAGAAGACGGACGACGGCCUUUUCUCUUGGUGACAAUCGUGACCGUUAGACGGGAGGGCCAAUUCUAUUUGAGUCGAGUCGUCGCCCGUCUCCAUCAGUUGUUAUCCAAAUACAACAAUGAGCAGCAAGCCGGAAAUGACGCCAUCACCAUCCGGGCCAUGAUAUGCAACGUCAAUGACGACCCCCAACUCCACCGAGAGGCUCUCCACUUGCAGAGAAUCUUUCCGCUCGUCCAGCGCCGUGACCAGCAGUUGUCCGUCGGAAUUCAUAAUCUGAUGGACAAGGAAAAAGAAGAUUACAUCUUUUGUUUGAACGCCAGUCGCUCGGCCGACUACAUUCUCAUCUUGGAAGAUGACGCCGUCCCGCUGGAUGACCUCCUGCCCGUCACGCGUCGUUUCAUCGACUAUUUCAACCAACAACGUCCAGCAAGACGCCGGGCUGAUUUCUUCUACGUCAAACUCUACCACCCCGAACGAUUGCAAAAUUACUUGCAGCCGGAGCCGUGGCGGAUCGCUGAAUGGCUGGCCGUCUCCGUCCUGUCCGUCUAUCUCCUUCAAGUCGUUUUCCGUUUCCGUCUGAGGCGACACUCGUUCUGGCUCGUCUAUUUCAUGGCCCUGGUCGAGUGUCUCGGCCGUCCGCACUUGCUCCACCUCAAGCGCUGGAUGUUGGCCCGUCUGGUAGCCGAUCCGGCGGCUGGCUACAAUUUGCUGCAGGCCACCGAGUGCUGCACGCCAGCCAUGCUCUUCUCCAACGCUUCGGCCGCGACGGCCUCGGCUUUCUUGUCGUCCAUCACCUGUCGCAAAGGCUACGCCAAAGACACGGCCCUCUACCUCCACUCGCGCCAAUCCGGCGGACGUCUCCAAUCGUUUGUCGUCGAGCCGAAUCUAGUCCAACACAUUGGCCGAGUUUCAACCCUCCGCCGCAAUCAUUAAUAAUGUCCCGAUGCCUUUGAAAAUUAGCAUUUCCUGUUGUGCCUUGUUGAACAAUCAAAAAAAGAUGAAUCAUGUCGUUUUUCUUGUAUUUUUGUUUGGUUUUUUUUUCCUUGAAUAGAUGAUAUCAAAACACCUAACCAAGCAGAGACACAAAAGGAAAAGAAACUUUUUUUUGAAUUGGUGGAAAUAAAGGAAAUAAAAACUAUGAUGGCAACAUGGGGGCAAACCAAUCAACACAAUUCGUUUGUUUUUAGUUGGAUGUGUGUGUGUGUGUGCGGAUUAAGUACGUCACUUUUCAACACGUAAUUUUUU